AUGGACAACGACGACACACCCGAUCAGAUGGAUCAGCCUGCGACUCCAACGAGGACCAUCGCCGCGCCUGCACCGGACUGUAACCAUGAUCCUUCUCCUGAUCCACCGUCUACUCGUCCAAACCCUUUUGACGAUAGUGAUCUUUCGGCUCGCAAAAGGCGACGAACUUCAGGGUCGGCAUCACCCCCACCACCAAUAUUCACAUCAACAUCUACAUCUACAUCCCAGGCCACAACCACAUCCACAUCUGCAUCCACAUCCGCAACCGCAACUGCAUCUCUAUCAGCCUCCGCCUCCGCAUCAGCAUCCGCAUCUGCAUCUGGUCCAGCAUUCGCCGAUGCUAAGCCGACUGUCAAGGAUUUGACCACAAGCACAGGUACACCUGCGAGCACCAACAACAGCACCAGCACCAGCACCAGCACCAGCACCAACGUUGGUACCAACCCCAACACCAACAACACCGACCAUCAGGCCAACAAUGCUGUGUUGCCAGCUGCAGAACAAACUGAGCUCCUUCACACACCGAAAACCCCAACGGACAGUGCAAAGAGUAGCAGCCCAACGCCACUGUCUUCCAGCAAGGUCACCAUUAAUUUGAGAAAGGCUACUGAUCCUGAGCUUGAAUCUAAACAAACGGAAUCUUCGUCGCCCAUGGUUGACCAAGAUCCACACAUCGUCUCAGUCCCAGCCGUCACAAGUCAUGGCCAACAAGAUAUGGUGAUGGAGAAGACGUCGCGUACAGAGUCGGGCAAGGACACGCCCCAAAUGUCCGAUUCUGCAAGCCCUCCAGUCGAGCUCAUCGCCAUUUCUGACAAUGAAGAUGGGGAAAGCGAUGAUGAAAUGGCAUUUUCAGUCGACGACGGGGCAACCGGAAUUUUAAGUGGCGAGUCGCUUCCCCGGGACCCUACGCUGCAUUUCCCCUAUAUCCAAGACAAUGAGGACCCGUCGCAGCCUAUAAAUUAUGAGUGCUUUCCGACUAAUACUUGCAACUUGACAGAUUCGUCCGUGACCCCCGAAGCCUUGGUAUUGCUGCAGGCUUGGUUACAAGACUACCUGAGGUUUGCCAGCACUGCCGAGAAGUCCACCGUCGUAGACUCUCGGCAAGCAAACAAACGAUUCUGGGUACUGUUUCCUGAAGCAAUGUUACAAUUGCUGAUAAGAAGGUGUGUCUCGGCUUCGCACCCCUUUCCUCUCCUCCGCCUUUCUAUUUCUGAACCAGAGAUCCGCCUUCCUAUUUUCACUUUGCCAUCGCUCUUGGGCUUGAACACAACUCGCGACGGAAAUUUGCGCCAUGCCAUGAUUGGAAUGUACUCCAGCUUCGCCUGCUUAGCUGCCUGCAUGGUCUCCCUAGACCUGAUAGUCCUUCGAGAAUUCCAAUCCACUGGUGACGGGACUAAUUCUUCCCAGCCUGAGUUAUAUUCCGCCAAGUACCUCCAACAACUCCAUGACAUCAUUGUAACAUAUGCGUUACCCACAAAUGGCAACGAGGAAGGAAUGCCUGGCUCAGAAUGGGUUCACGACGAUGUCGGGUCAUUCUUCCUUGGCAAGCUACAAUCCAGUCAAGGUGGCAGCGUGGCCGCCUUGUCGCAACUAGUAGCCUCAGUAACAGCUUUGGCCUCAAAAUUUCCCAAACUGACAGAUAGUCUGGCAGCGAUCUCGAAAAUUCUUGGCAGCUGUAUGCGAGAGGCAGUGCAGAUACUCCCGGCUGGCGGAGACCAGGCAGUACAAGCAAGGAACAAACUUGAAAUGGGCAACACUGCAUGGGGCCAAAUGUCUGCUUGCUUGGAACUGGUGAUUGAGAAGCACGUUACUCAAUUAUCUGUUGAAACUGCCACGACUCUAAUACAAGCCUUGUCGGAUAUCUUGAAGUGGACAUUGCGCGGAGAACACAAAUCAGCGGUCGAUGCUGUUCAACUUUACAUGGAAAAGUACCCGGACCUGCCAUGUGGAAAAGUCUUUGAAGCAAUUGCAUGGCAAUGGAGGCUCAGUAUUCUGGGGAGAUUGAUUCGGUCAGGGCAAAUGCAGCUUCGUGUCAUGGCAAUUUCUAAGCUCUGCGCGGAUCUCGUCACUACUUGGAAAUGUGCCGUCGAGACAAUAGACGACGGCAGCAAUAGGUUUCUGAGAUACCUUGGAGAGUGCUUACUUGAAACCCGACUCGUCGAUUACAUAUUUGGCCCGAAUUGCCAUCCCGAGAUCAUUGUCGAAGGCUCUAACAUCUUGGGCUUCCUUGUGGUUACCAAGUUGUACAACCAAGAACACACCGAUCGUUUGUGGCAAGGUCUGACACUCUGCCAGGACCCCCGUGUCGCAGAAGCUCUUGUGCGUAUGAUAACAAGUAUUGCCAAUUUGUUUGACUACGAUGGUUUGCUGGAGUGGUGUCAAAAGUUUCGAAUCCUGCCGCUCGAAGCGUUCUCUCCGGCGAUGCGCACUCUCUGGGACAAUGUAAUGAAUGAGUUGAUAUUAAAGUGCCAGUCAGAGCGGCAAGCUCCGUCGUUUGAGCCAUACGAUCUCUGUCUGAGGUUGUUGAGAGAAGCAUCUGUUUGUUCAGCGGGGUCUCAAGUGGCCGAUCCUGAUUUGCAGCUGGCCGCGAUGCAAAAGUUGAGAGAGCUUGUGAACUGCGCACGCCCCGAUGAUCUGGACAUCCUCUACUUGAGCUGCCUCGACGACGUAGCCAAGAAGUCACCAACAGCGCUGGGAAGCUUGUGGUGUUUGUCCAUGGCUAUGCGGGGAAACAUGCCAAGCGAAGUCCAAAAUCUCACCGAGAACCACGAUCUUGCGAAACUCGUCGUUGAGGAACUUGCCCACGCAGUACUCACGGGGCAACAAGCGGGAGCAUUCGCUGUGAUAUCCGGCACACCCAACGCCCCCAGACGUGAGCUCAUAUCUAAUAUUAUCCAGUUUCAGCCGUCAGCAUUGAAUAACGACCUGGGUACAACACUUUUGGAUAUCAUUGUCGGCCCAAAAUCGCCCUGUGCUGAAGACAGAAAAGCUGGUUGGCUCAUCAUUACAAAUGUGAUGAGAAAAGCGACGAUGAAGAACACCUUUUUGCAGGCCUGUUUCUCCAAAUACUUGCCCAGUCUUGCAGCCUCCUCCUUCUCAGAUGGAAUGCUCGAGUUCGUUCGAGAACGUGUCCUGUAUUUGGCCGCGGACGAAGGUGACUUUGCCUUGGAUGACGACGAAUCGCUAUCGCAUAGUGGGAGUGAACAACUUUGGAGGAUCAUCCUGGAAGCGGAGGACUCUCUCCUGGUGUCGAGGGCCAUCUCCACACUCGCAGUCGACCUGUACUUGGAAAGUGGAAGCAUAAAUUCAUACUCGGUGUGCCGCUCGAAAAAGGUUCACAGGCUACUAGUCAAUCGUUGCCUGGCCCAAAUGAAACAAGCGGCCAAGAAGCUCAAUGGCUCUACUGAGUCGAUUGUCGGUGACGAUGACGAAUCAAUGGUGAUCGUCGAAACAACGGAGGAACUUCAACAGCAGGAGCGUGUUUUCAGGCGCUCCCUCCAGUUGAUGAGAUUCUUCCUCGAAAAGUACCAGGCACACGAUCGAUUUGCUAUUGCAGACUUCAGGCCAUUAAUAUCACCUACAGUGGGAGGAAUAGAAGGGGAACCAGCGUGCCUUCAGUAUCAAGCUUUUGACAACCAAUGCGGAUCUGACGUCAAGGCGUUAGAUAUUGGUCUGCAAAACACGGUUGGAUCCCUUUUGACUCGUCUGAAAAUUGAGACAGGAUUUGAUAAUUUUCACCUAUAUUAUCGGGGCAGACAACUUCUUCCAAAAAAGUGCCAAGCUACGAAGUCUCUCGAAGAGCUCAAUAUUAGAGAUGGUUUCAUUCUGGUGCAACGGGAAGAAGUCUGCGCACCACUCGCGGGAUAUUUAAAACCUGGCUCUUCGCCGAUGGAAAUCGAAAUUCUUGGGCACUUUCAAGAUCUAUGGGAGUAUCUGGGCAUGGAUGAGAAACUAGCAGAGGAGGUGAGUAAUCACGUCUAUGACUUUCUUGUGAAGCUUCCGGCGGAUGGUCAAUUCAUGCUACGAUUUGAUUCGGAACACAACGAUUAUUCUGAAGUAUUUCUCAAGGGACAGGCGUUCAAAGCACUCUAUGGUAUCCACGCCAUGAGUGACUAUUUGGAGGCGGCUGAGCGUUCUGCAUCCCCAACCAUUGAUAAUGGAGGCUCUACAGCAAACACUGCAACCUCUUACGAAAAAGCAAUCCGUAAAGGCCUUGGCUUAAUAGUGAGUGCAAUACGUGACCCUGAGAUGCUAGACGAAAUGCCGAUUACCCAACACAUGAGAAUCGCGGGUUCAUUCCUGCAAGUCUUCGUGAGUACGACGCCAUUGAAGCUGAGCGACGAAGCACUACCAGAACCCAGUCGCCUGGUUGACAUCUUGGCUAGGGCAGAAGGAGAUAUGAGUGACAUGAGCUUGAUACUUGUCGAAAACACAUGCACAGCGGUCUUGCGCGUGGGAUCCACCAACAAAAGUUUUUGGAAUGCAGCCGUAGAAUCUACGCCUUUCCUUGAUUUUUUGAAAAAUUUUCUCUUGAAAGAUCCCAGGAAGGCGGUAAGACAAACUAUUGUUGAGCUUCUUGAAGACAUUCCAGGGCCCGAGACUCAAAUUCUGACACCAGAGAGCGGCCAUUCCAACUCCGGAAGAGAGGAAGCCAAUCCAAUUCCGCUUUCAAUCUGCAUCGCUUUGAUCGAAGGGCUGCCACUUUGUUUGGAUUAUCCGUCUCAACCUGAAGAGUAUUUCAGAGCGGUGCUCUUCCUGGUUGAUCGAUUUUCCGCGACGAAUCCCCAAGCCGUGGACAUUGAACACCUGGCAGUGGUAGCCAGGGACCUCUUAAGCGUUGUGUCUCGGCUAUUUUGGCGGCAUCUCUUUCCACGAAAACGCCGCAGCGAUGGAUACUGUGUUCCUCGGGUGAUUCUUGACUCGGAUACGCGCAAAAAGCUUUACGAUGUCAUCUUCCUCUGUGUAAGAUACGAUUUGAAUUCUUUUGUCCACAUCCUCGAGACUUUAAAAGGCCUCGUGCCAUUUUACGUGGAUGAAUCUGGUGAGUAUUCGAAAAAUUCCGACAGGACUAUUGUUCGCACGACCCUGGCUGACCUACCCCCCUCCCUUCCCCUUUGCAUAGAUGAUCCUUAUUUAUAUGAUCUUCCCUAUCAAUUUGAUCGAUUCAGGGCAGUCCGAGCUCCUUGUGGCUAUGUUGGACUGAGAAAUCUCUCCAAUACCUGCUACCUAAACUCAUUACUCACGCAACUAUUCAUGAAUACCCAAUUUCGAAGCUUCAUCAUGUCGACCGAGGUACAAGAUGCCCAGGACUCACAACAACUACUCUUCUACACACAAAAGUUAUUUGGAUAUAUGCAGGAGAGCUACCAGCGGUUUGUGGACCCAUUUGAUGUUGUGACUUCAAUCAAAACAUAUGACGAUGCUCCCAUCGAUAUUCACAGUCAGAUGGAUGUUGAUGAGUUUUACAACUUGCUUUUUGACCGAUGGGAGGGGCAAAUGCCCAGGAAGGACGAGAAGAAGCAACUGCGUUCAUUUUUUGGAGGCCAGCUGGUGCAGCAGGUGAAGUCCAAGGAAUGCGAACAUAUUUCAGAGCGACUUGAGCCAUUCUCGGCCAUUCAAUGCGACAUUAAGGGCAAGGUCACACUCGAAGAAAGCCUCCAGGCCUACGUCGACGGAGAAGUGAUGGAAGGUGAAAACAAGUACAAAUGCUCGACGUGUGACCGACAUGUUGACGCUGUCAAGAGAGCCUGCUUGAAAGACGUGCCAGACAAUGUCAUCUUCCACCUCAAGCGCUUUGAUUUCAACCUCCGGACGCUCCAGAGAAGGAAAAUCAACGACUACUUCACAUUUCCACAGAAAUUGGACAUUGCGCCGUACACAGUUGAGUACCUCAAUGCUGAGGAUGGUGCGACUGGUAGCGACGCUUUCGAAUUGGUCGGAGUCCUUGUUCAUUCGGGAACAGCUGAAUCUGGACACUAUUACUCUUACGUGCGAGAGAGGGGAUCUGUUGAUCAACCACGUUGGGUGGAGUUCAACGACGAAUCUGUAAUGCCAUGGGACCCGUCCCAGAUGGAGAGUGCGACAUUUGGCGGUCAGGAUAUACAGUCGUCUAUGCAUGAGACAAACGGUAUCAUCUAUGACAAGACUUACAGCGCUUACAUGCUCUUCUAUCAGCGCGCUUCUUUGCUCAAUAAGGAUUCGAUGUCGAGCAAGCCGAUUACCGAGAGCCAUUUGCCAGCCGUGGACAUUCCGCCUCCACUGAUGGAGCACAUUCUUAACGAAAAUAAGAUCCUACUCCGACGGCAUUGUCUAUUUGACGCGAGCCACAUUCUAUUCGUGCAGCAGUGCUUUGUACACUCCAUAUACCUUGGAGAAGGCCAGGGAGCCAAGUUUCUGGCGUCAAAAUAUGAUCAUGACCAGUUAGCCCAAGACGAUGGCCAAGCACGGAGAUCCUCUGAUCCAGCCACUUCCUCUCACAAUGUGCAAAAUCUGGCUAUGGAAGUAGCUCUGUCUCACUUUGAUCAAGUUGUCACCAGAGCUAAGGACAUGAUGCUGGUCGAGUCUUUUUCUUCUAAGCUGAAGUCUGCGGUUGCAAAGUGCUACGACUGUGCUUUUGCAUUUUACGACUACUUCAACGUGCGCCACGCCGCUUUUCGUGCGAUCAUUCAGCGAAACCCAGAUCCAGAUAUCAGAAGUUUCGCAGGUAAAACGCUUAUCCUGGCAGCUGCAAAGAUUCGGAGCGGGCUUCCACGUCUUUAUCAUUGCCCAAUGCCGACAAAGUUGAUGUCCAACCAUGGCGGUGGCACGGAGAGUGAUGAGGACUGGGACGACUCUGAAUCCCCACCAUCUGUGUUACAGGGCAUUAUUCGCAUCCUCAACUACCUUUGGAAAUUCUUCUACAUGCAUAUAAGGUCCUGGGAUGAGUAUUUCGGCACAGUUCUCGCAUUUGCAAGGCUUGGGGACCCCGAGGUCGGCCAUCUCCUUGGAGACAACUACCUACUUAAGCUGCUCAACAUUGUCCGUGCGGAUCCAAUGACGGAAAUGCAACCCAACUAUCAACGCAUGGUUAACAACCUGCUGCGACGCUUCAAUUCCAAACCUGCAUCUUACACUGCCAUUUUGACACUGAUCGACCACCUGGUGGCGCAGUUGGAACCUGCUCUGAGUGCAGACGUAAUUGUAGACGAGCCGCAAGAUCGACUCAAUGGGCGAGGGCCGUUCCCUUGGACAUCAGAAGAGGUUCAAGCUGUGCUUUACCACCCUGACAGCCACUAUAGAAGUUUCUUCACGGAGAAGCUCCUAGAAAUUGAUCAGGUGCCAGAAGCGACCAACAGCAUUAUUGGUCGAUUGGUUGAAAGCGGAGAAGAGUUGGAUAUGAGGGUAUUUAACACUCUCCGAAAGAAAAUCCAGGGGGAAACAACACAAGCCAUGGAUUCCUCCAUCAGGGCCGCUGGCCGAUAUGUCGAACUGAGCGAAUCAUUGGAGAAGGCACAAGCCCUUAUCAAGCAAGUUUGCUCCCAAGCGUGCAACCUGCAGCAGAGUGAGGGACGUGUGUUUCUAGAUUUUGUGGAUUUGAUACUGCGUUCUCGUCGACCUAAUGAAGAGCUGGCUCGGGCCCGUCGAUUCUUCAUGAUGGAGGUGAUGCCCACGUGGGCACCGUUUCUACUAGUGUAUGGCGACGAAUACACGAGGAAUGCAGCAGAGCAGCUUAUCAAUGAUCGCCUAUUUCAACGUGGCGGAAUCAGCGCAGGAGAUGCCGGCAUGGAACAAGAGACUCUGGACGGUGUGAUCCGACAAAUGGGGAUCAAAUGUCUGAUAUAUCUUCGGGAGGUCCACGUCAAGAGGAGAAUGCAGCUCGAACGCAGUGCUGCGGGAAAUAUCUUGCGAAUCAUUGGCAGUUGCGUUCCGCUAUAUGAAGGAAGCGACGAAAUGAUUGACUAUGCGGACGAUGCGGCGGAGUUCAGAGCUAUUCAAGGAGGUGCGUGUUGCACUUGA